AUGUACAUAAAGAACAAAGAUAAACAUAGAAAGAAAAAACUGAAAGACGAAACGAACCGUUAUCAUUAUUAUUAUUAUUAUUAUUAUUCUCAACUAUCCCUCUUAUCAAAACGUAAAACUCGUUCGUCACAACAAAAACAACAACAAGCGUCAAUAAAAUGUUCAAAAUCAACACAUGAAAAUGUCGAUUGUCAAUAUGAUGUUUAUAAUGAUCAACAACAACAUCACCCUCAUCAUUAUCUACAACCACUUCAUUAUUAUCAUGGCAUUGAUGAUCCGUCCAAUACAAAUAAUAGUCGACAUUGUGGUAAUGAUACUGGACGUACAAAAUUAUUGCUCGCACGUCAUGCACAAUUAGUUAAUACAAUUAUCGGUCAACGAAAUGAAUCGUCAUUCUGUAAUCAUCAUUCAUAUCUUCCAGGUACACCGCGUAUUUCAGCUCUACCACCACCAUUACCACCCAAAAAUGAUUUUUACAAUAGUAAUUCAUCGGUAGCUGUUAGCAAUAGAAAUUAUUAUGGAACAUUAGCAACAUGUAGUCCACGUCGAGAAUGUUGUGCACAAUAUUCAACAACAAAUUCUAAAUCAUCAAACAAUGACAAUAAUACAAAUAGUUGGUCAACAUCAUCAAAACAACGAACAAGAAUUAAAACGAAUCCAUGGAUUCAUAGUCCAAAAUGGUGUCGACCAACACCGUCAACAUGUUUAUGUCCAACGGCUGUUGACUAUUGUCUUUAUGAUCCUUCGGUAGGAAAUAGUUUACCACAUUCAGAAUCGUAUCCCAAAACAGUUCUUGAACAAUUACAUCAAACAAAAAAACAACAACAACAAGAAAAUUCGCCAAUUGUCAUAGUAAAUCCUAAAGUAGCAACUGUUCUACAUCAAAGUGAUAGUGGACAAGGAUUUUCGCUAAGUUCAAUUGGCGAAAUUAAUUCCUCGUCUUCAUCAUCGUCACCAAGUUCGAGUAUCGUGGAUAAUUCAAUAUCAUCGUUAAUAUCAUCAUCGAGUGAUGAAAAAAAAAUGAUUACACCAAAUAUUCGUUUACAACGUAAAUCGAAUUUGAAUCAGUUAGAAUCACCAGCAAUUAUUGUUAAAAAUCAACCAAAUACAAAUGAUAUAAGAAGUAAGACGGUCGUAACACCACCACUAUCAAGUCGAAUAGUCAAUGAGCGAAAAAAAAUAUUGUCAAAGGAGAAAGGAUAUGUUCGCUCUCCUUCUGAUCAAACUCCUCCUUCACGUCAACAACAUCGAGGAUCAAGUAUGUUUCACAUGACGUCGACUAAUGAUCCUGCAAUUCGUUCACGUUCAUCUUCCAGUCAUUCAGUUGAUGAUCAUUUUUCAUUACAAUUUGAAGAAAUCGUUGAACAAUGUUCAUCAUCAAAUAAUAAUAAUAAACGUUUAUUACAGCAGAGAAAUGUCGGUCAAACACCGUCCAUACCCGGUCCAUUUAUUUUACCAUUAAGUCUCGAUAAUGAUUCACUUCAACCUCCUUUAGCUACAACACUAACAAAAUCGACUAAUUCUCGUGCCAUAUUAAAACAUAUUCAAGAUAUUGAAAAUGAAAUACGUUUAAUGAAAAAUUUAGAUAAACCAGAAGAAGAAGAACAAGAAGAAGAAGAAGAAGAAUCACCUUAUUCUGUUUUAGACAUAGAUACUAAUGAUGAUCGACGAAAUACUAUCUAUGAACAAGUUGAUCUUUGGGUAGAAAAAUGCUUAAAAACACAAGAAACGGAUAUUAAUCUUCUUCACAAUGAAUCUACACGAUUAUCAGAUACGAUUAAAGAUUAUAUGGUAUUUGUAUGUUCCGAUAACGAAGAUGAAAAAAAAAAUUUAACAUUACCAACUGAAUCAAAUUCUAAAUUAAUGACUGCAUUCUAUGUAAGUUCAACACCAAAAGAGACGAUAUUAUCUGUCGAUGCUGAACAAUUUGAAAAUGAUAAUGAAUAUCCCUCGAUAAAAAAAGAUUUACGGAAAUUACCAAAACGAAUUACUUCAAUGAUUGCUCAUGAUCCACCGUUACCAGUUCGUACACCUAAACAACCAUCGACACCGAAACAACAUCAACUAAGCAAUUCAAGGAUAAUUGAUACCAGGCACAAAAAAUCCAAUCAUGAGUGUCCAUUCUGA